AUGUUUCAGUUUUGGAAAGGUAACUCUUUAGUAUCCAAACAACCUACGCCUACGCCUAGUUCCUCAAAACAUUCCCAAAAAGGGUUAAACUCAUUUGAAACCAAAGCUGGUCUCUGGAAUGUAACAAUUAACAUCAAAAUAACCGACAUAUUUGGCAUAGGAGUUUUGGCAAAAACAUUUUCUUUAAUACUAGACUCUCAUUACAAAUUUCUUGAAGAUCAAAAUGAAAUUAUUAAGCGUAUCAUAAUUAUUUGGGAAAUUUUAAUUUUAACAGUAAUAACAUUUUAUUUGGGAAGAUUAAUAGACGUCGCUGUUUUGUUCAUAAAGUUGGUUGAUGAUGGUAUCAGGGGUACUAUAGGUAUUUUGGGUAGUGCAUGUUAUUUUUUAAUAUCAGGAUUGUCAAGAUUGUUGCCCGGGUAA